AUGCAUGCAAAGGAGGAAGAAAAACUUUUGCAAUGGUACGAAGAGUUAGAAUCUGAAGAACAAAGUUGUGGAAAUAAGGACAAUAUUGACGUUGAGGAUUUAACUGAUGAUGAUAUUGAACGUGAGCAAGAGGGAAAGUGGAUAUUUGACGUAGCAAAACCGCCUCGUCAAAUAAAACCUUUCUGUAACUGUAAAAUAAAUGAAUCAGAGAAAAUUGGAUUAAAGAACUUUUUUAUGGAAUUACCGAAAAUGGAGUCUCAUUAUUGUAGAGCUUUACCGAGUAAAAAAUAUUUGGAGCCUAUUUGGCAGACUAAGGCUGCAUUAUACAGAAGUUAUAUUGAAUACUGUAAAACUAGGUCUAUUAAACCUCUCUCCAUAAAGACGUUUCAUGAAGAGUUUGCUUUAGAUAACCUAAGCCUAUACGCACCCAAGAAGGAUCAAUGUGACCUUUGUGUCUCAUAUAGGGCGGGAAACGGUGACGAACAGAUAUAUAACCAACAUGUUUCCAGAAAAAAUAGAGCACGCGAUGAAAAAUCUACAGAUAAAAGCACAGCUCAUCGUGUUUUUACAAUGGACCUUCAAUCGGUUCUUCUUUGUCCAAUGCCAAAGGCUUCGAAAAUUUAUUACAAAAAAAAGAAAGUUGGUAGUUCAUAA